UUCUUUCGAUUUCAGAAAGAAGGAAAAUGGAGAAACACUUCACGGACUCGAAAGUUAAAGGAGUCAGCACAGGGACCACCAUCCUGGCUGCCAUCUUUGAUGGAGGAGUUGUGAUUGGUUCAGAUUCCAGAGCUUCAAUUGGAGGAGAAUAUGUAUCAUCAAAGACCAUCAACAAGGUGAUCCAAGUUCAUGACCAGAUCUUCUGCUGCAUGGCUGGUUCUCUUGCAGACGCUCAGGCCGUCACCAAAACUGCAAAGUUCCACCUGUCCUUCCACAGCGUUCAGAUGGAGGGUCCUCCUCUGGUGGUCGCAGCAGCUUCAGUUCUCAGAGAGCUGUGUUAUAAAAACAAAGAGGAGCUGCAGGCCGGCUUCAUCACAGCUGGCUGGGACAGGAAGAAAGGACCACAGGUCUAUGUCGUAUCUCUAGGUGGGAUGUUAAUCAGUCAGCCUGUCACCAUUGGAGGCUCAGGAAGCACCUACAUCUAUGGCUAUGUUGAUGCUAAAUAUAAACCCAACAUGACCAGAGAGGAGUGUCAACAGUUUGCAACCAAUGCUCUGGCUCUGGCUAUGGGCAGAGACAACGUCAGUGGAGGUGUUGUUCACCUGGUGGUGAUCACAGAAAAAGGGGCGGAGCAUGUGGUUGUACCUGGAGAUAAGCUGCCAAGAUUCAACGAUGAAUGACAUUCCACUUUAAAACCUGUUUUAAACAUUUAAAUGGUUAGUUCAAACUCAUGAGCCACAUUUUUAAAAUAAUUAAACCAGAAACACACAAGUUCCAAACAACUGAAGUUAGAUAAAACCAUUUUUUGUUUUCUGAUGUGGGAAUUGAGAGAUGAGAUGAAAGCACCUUAAGGGAUAGUGUUCUGUGAGAAAAGAUAAAACGUUUCUUACCACUUCGUAAACAUUGUUGUUCAUUUGCAGUUUUGUGUCUUUUCAAAUUGUAUUUUUGUUCUAGCUGGAAAGUACAUCGUUGUGAAUGGAAUUUGUUAUACAAAUAAAGUUUGAUUUUUACC